AUUUCCGCUGCCUGUGCACCCAUGAAAAGGGCUUUGGCUUCAAGGGAAGCAGCUUCCACCGCAUCAUCCCCCAGUUCAUGUGCCAGGGCGGCGACUUCACGAACCACAACGGCACGGGGGGCAAGUCCAUCUACGGCAAGAAGUUUGAUGAUGAAAACUUUAUCCUCAAACACACGGGACCAGGCCUUCUCUCCAUGGCCAACUCCGGCCCAAACACCAACGGCUCCCAGUUCUUCCUGACGUGUGACAAGACAGACUGGCUGGAUGGCAAGCACGUGGUGUUUGGGGAGGUCACCGAAGGCCUGGAUGUCUUGCGGCAGAUUGAGGCCCAGGGCAGCAAGGACGGGAAGCCAAAGCAGAAAGUGAUCAUCGCUGACUGUGGAGAGUAUGUGUGAUCUGGCUCUUUCUCUGCUCUGCCCUCUCUCUGCUCCUGCCCGUGUGUCCAGGGGAACCAGCAGGGGGUCCCUGAGGGUGUCCCUUUGAAGAAGCAGUGUUUGUACCAGGAGACCUUCCUUGGUGACCAUUGGAGAAGCCCCUCUGCAGGCACGGUGGGGACUUCCUUUGGGCUCCUCCCAGAGCGUGGCUGUGGGCACGGAGCCAGCGCAGGUGCCUGCCCGCCCCACUGUGGAUGGUCCGUGGAUGGUCACCAGCUUCACCAGGCCUUUGCUGCCGGGACCUCUCCUGGGCCUGCUGGGACGUUUUCUUCUGGUGAAAGAAAUCCUAGUUUUUGUA